AUGAGCAGCAGUAACACACAGUCGACAGUUGAUUAUUUGAAUUACAUCACACGAGAAUUAAAUCGUUAUAUACCAUUAACAUUUCUAGUCCUUGGAACAAUUGGUAACGUAUUGAAUCUCCUAGUAUUUACCCGAGCGGCACUCCGAAAAAAUCCUUGUUCGCUCUAUUUCAUCAGUGGUAGUAUUAUUAACUUCUUUUCUCUUUAUAUUGGUUUAAUAACACCUUUUCUCGGAUUGUACAAUCUCGAUCCAACCCAAUUCAAUCCAAUUUUAUGUAAAUUUCGAUUCUAUCUUCGAUAUUCAACCAUUACACUUUCAACCUGGUUCAUCCUUUUGGCAUGUAUCGAUCGAUACUUAUCAACAUCCGUUCAUGUUCACAUACGUGCCUGGAGUUCUUUACGUUUUGCUAAACGUCUCAUCGUCCUAUCAACGCUGAUUGCAUUUACUUUUCCUUAUACUCAAGCAUUCUAUUGUUAUAAUAUCAGUUCGCGUGGAGUUUGUAUACAGAUCGAUACAAAAUGCAAAUCAUUAAAUGACAUCAUUUUACUUUGUUGCAAUUCGGGUCUACCACCGAUUUUCAUGGCUCUUAUAAGUAUUUUAACCAUAAAAAAUGUUAAACAUACACAAAACCUUGUUACUGCGCGCCGUCGAGAUUCCCAAUUGAUACGAAUAUUACUCAUACAAGUAUCUGUUCUGAUUUUAUUCUCUAUACCAGUCACUAUGCAAAAGCUGUACAGCACUGCAACUGCUUAUAUGAUGAAAAGUACUUUGACGACUGCUAUCGAUAGUCUUCUCAAUCAAAUCUCGAUUGAAAUCUCGUAUAUCAGUAAUAGUAUUACUUUCUAUAUUUAUUCAUUAACAAGUAAAAAAUAUCGUAAGGAAGUGCGUCAACUGCUGCUAUUGCCGCAUCGAGAGAAACGAACGAAUACUGUUCAUCCUGGCGAAUGA